UAUCCUAGAGAGAGAGAAUCAGAGAAAAGAGAAGAGAAGACUACAUUCACAUAUAAAUAUAUAUAAUAUUUUGGCAACAAGCCAAAUCCUUUAUGAUCGUAUCAGACUAUCAAGCAAGUUUGGUCUUUGCUUUUGGGCUGGGUUUGACAAAAAGUGGAAGAACAGAGAGCAUAUGAAUCUGCGCCUACAUUGAUUGAGGGUUCAGCAAAAGCCAAAAGGGAUAUGGCGUCGGACGUGCCUUGUUGUGGGUCGCUAUUCUGGUUGUAUGCGCUGGUAAGUAUAGGGUUGGUAUGCUUUGCGGGACUCAUGGCUGGCCUCACUCUUGGUCUCAUGUCUCUUGGCCUUGUCGACCUUGAGGUGCUCAUGAAGUCCGGCCGUCCCCAGGAUCGAAAGCACGCCGCUAAAAUUUAUCCUGUGGUGAAGAACCAGCAUCUUCUGCUUUGCACACUUUUAAUGGGCAACGCCUUAGCGAUGGAGGUAUACCUACGCGACGCUGUUCUUGAAUUUGUGGAUGUAAUCUGGCGAUUGAGCCAGAAGGUAUAUGUCUGCACUCACACUCAGCAUAUCCAACUAGUAAUCAAUCACACGCAUGUUCUGUUCCAGAUAUUGCCCCAAGCAGUUUGCACUCGCUAUGGAUUGACUAUUGGAGCGAAAUUGGCACCAUUUGUUCGAGUUCUACUCAUGUUAUUUUUCCCAAUCUCUUAUCCAAUCAGUAAGGUGCUUGAUUGGAUGUUGGGCAAGGGCCACGCUGUCCUUUUAAGAAGAGCAGAGCUCAAGACCUUUGUGAAUUUUCAUGGCAAUGAGGCUGGGAAAGGUGGGGAUUUAACGCAUGAUGAGACUACCAUUAUCACUGGGGCACUUGAAUUGACUGAAAAGACUGCAAAAGAUGCCAUGACUCCAAUAUCGAAUGCCUUUUCCCUUGAUUUGGAUGCAAAUCUCAAUUUGGAGACAUUGAAUUCGAUAAUGACCAUGGGUCACAGUAGAGUUCCGGUUUAUGCAGGCAAUCCCAAAAAUAUAAUUGGACUUAUUUUGGUUAAAAAUCUAUUGGCAGUUGAUCCAGACGAUGCAGUUCCAUUGAGAAAAAUGAUCCUAAGAAAAAUUCCUAGGGUUUCAGAAAACAUGCCUCUAUAUGAUAUUCUAAAUGAAUUUCAGAAGGGUCACAGUCACAUUGCUGUUGUCUAUAAGGAUCUAAACGAGAAAAAAGAAACACCCCAAAUUGACCAGUUUGGGCCAUUGUCUAAGAAAGAUGAUAAGGUGGUGAGUCAUCCUGGUGCAAAAGAAAACUUUGGUUUUCAUGAUGCUCAAACAAAUAUGAAUAAAAGCAUUGGAGUUCAACAGAUGAAGAAAAGUCCACCAUCUACGCCAGCCUUUAAGAAGCGACAUCGAGGUUGUUCCUAUUGCAUUCUAGACAUUGAGAAUACUCCCAUUCCAGAUUUUUCACUCAAUGAAGAAGUUGUUGGAGUAAUUAGCAUGGAGGAUGUUAUUGAAGAACUUCUUCAGGAGGAGAUAUUGGAUGAAACAGACGAGUAUGUCAACAUCCAUAAUAGGAUUAAGGUCAACAUGCACGCGUCUCAGGAAAAUGCUUAUAAAUUGGCUUCACCACAGCCUUCCCAGAAUGGUUCAUCCAUCGCUACUGCACAUUCUCCUGACUCUAAUAGAGUUGGUGGUCCAGAUCAAACAUCAUCAUUAUCAGUCUCCAAUACUGCAUCUGCAAAAGUGUCAUGCUGAAGGCGACAUAUUAAUAAAUUGAUCUAUGUUGAACCUCCAUGGUCGACUUUAUCUCAGCCAGCAACCAAUGUGCGUAGAGGGUGAAGACGACUUGAUGGGUUUUCGGCUUGGUGGAGGAGGUUGUGCAAGCGGGGGAAAGAGACUGUCCUAAAUAAUUGGGUAUUUUUGUCAGUUGCGGUGCUCAUUUUUUACACUUUGUAAUACUUAAGUUUCAAAAGUUGAUUUUGUAUCAGUUAGGUCCCCAAUCUUUUCAAAUCGUAUCAUUUAAGUUCCUAAAUACUAUUUUUGUUUCUUUUUUCUUUGAAAAUACAUGAAAAAAUACAAAAUAAA